AAUUCACACACCACUUUUUUUUAACUGAGAAAAAAAAAAUUAAAAAAAAUAAAUAAAAAUUCUCACACACUGAGCGUGUAAAUUACAAUGUCAAUUAGCAGCAAGAAGAAGUACAUUCUGAACGCGGUGAGCGUGGGGUGCAGCAGCAGCUGCCGGAGGCCGAAAAUCUCCGCCGUGUUCAACCCGCGGCCGAGGGCGGCGGGAGGCGGCGGGGGACGGAAGAAGCAGCCGAGCCACCGCCACUACUCGUCCUCCAGCGCCUACUCCUGGGACACGACGACCACCACGUUCUCCUCCGCCGUGGAGACUCCGCAGGGCGGCUGCGGGGACUCAUCGGACACGGACUCCGACGUGAGGAGCCUGAAGGCGGUGCAGGGAUUCGGGAGGAUCGGCGGGUCGAGCGUGGCGGUGGAGAAGGACUCCGACGACCCGUAUCUGGACUUCCGGCAGUCGAUGCUGCAGAUGAUUCUGGAGAAGGAGAUAUACGCGAAGGACGAUCUGAAAGAGCUGCUCAACUGUUUCUUGCAGCUCAACUCGCCGUACUACCAUGGCAUUAUCGUCAGAGCUUUUACGGAGAUCUGGAACGGGGUUUAUAACUCGGCCGGGUCCGGAUCCGGAUCCGGGUCACACAACUUGCAUGGAAAGUGGAUGAUGUCACGUGACUACUAGGUGGCGGUUGCAUUGCACGUGCCGCCCUUCAUUACACUCCUCCUGCUGACUGGUUUUGUGCUAUAUGAAAAAAUCCUUGCAUCUUUAAUUUUAUAAUAAUAAUAAUAAUAAUAAUAAUAAUAAUAAUUAGGGCACUAGUGGGUGUGUGUGUUGGGGGGGGUACUUAAUUAGGGAUAAUAGGAAUUAUGAUUAAUUAACCCGAGUAUUUUUUUAGUGGGUAUUAAUGUUUUAAUUACGUUGUAUUAAUUAGGAAGCAGAGAUUUGGGUUUUCACAGCCUUUUUGACAUUUGACCUUUAUUUACUCUAGUGGGGUGGUGCAUUGUCAAAAAUUCUGUGAAAAUUUGUAAUCUUGUACUUAGUGCUUACUAACUUAUAAUUAGUGAAUGCAUUUGUGCUUUGUUUGUAUUGAUUUUUAUAUGUCAUAAAUUAAAUUUGAAACUUUCUAUUGGUU